GCGUUAAUAAGAGAAACAUGAGAUUCUCAGAAGUUAUUUAUACCAGUGUGGGCUGCUUUUACCAUACAUGCAUUUUAUACUUUUUAGAUCUGAAGCAGACCGCCUUUGUAGAUGUCUUAUUUUCUAGAGAAUCUCAAGUAGCCGAUAUAUUUAUAUAUUCGUAAUAUCUUUAGAUAUUUCCUGCAAAAUCCCUUUUUUCUAGCAGGUUAUGUUAGACUUAGAGGGAGGAUGGAGCAUUUCCUUCGCCGGCUGCGGCUUUUUGGGCGUCUACCACAUCGGAGUGGCCGGUUGUUUGCUGGAACGAGCCCCGUACCUGGUUGAAGGCGCCACGAAGAUAUACGGGGCUUCUGCUGGUUCCCUGACUGCCUCCGUACUCGCCACGCGUGCCUCGUUAGAAAGGUGCUGUGAAGAUGUGCUCAUUCUGGCCAGGGAGGCGCGUAAGCGAAGCCUGGGGCCCCUUCAUCCCAGCUUCAAGUGCUCGAAGGUCAUCAGGGCGGGGCUCGAGCGAGACAUGCCGGCCGAUGCCCACCGCCGCGCCUCCGGGCGCCUCUGCGUGUCCCUCACGCGGGUGUCUGACGGCGAGAACGUGCUGGUGUCCCAGUUUGACACCAGGGAGGAGCUCAUCCAGGCUUUACUCUGCAGCUGCUUCGUCCCCAUGUACUGUGGUCUGAUCCCGCCAUCUUUCCAUGGAAUGCGUUACGUGGACGGAGGCAUGAGCGACAACUUGCCCCUGUAUGCACUGAAGAACACCAUCACUGUGUCUCCGUUCGCCGGCGAGAGCGACAUCUGCCCUAAGGACAGCUCCAUAAGCUUCCACGAGCUACGGGUCACCAACACCAGCAUCCAGAUGAAUGUGGAUAACGUGUACCGGCUUAGCAGAGCUCUCUUCCCACCGGAGCCCAAGGUGCUGGCUGAGAUGUGCCAGAGCGGGUACAAGGACACGCUUCGGUUCCUUACACAGAACAACCUCCUGAAGCUGGACUGCCCGUCUGCUGGCCUCUCCGUGAAAGACGCCCAGUGCCUCGCACCCACCUGCCAUUGUUUCUCCGUGGCAAAGAGCGGCCAGCUGCACGCGGAGGGCGCCCGGGCGUGGGUGCUGCGGAGACUGCGUCGCAUGCGGAAGCAGCACUGGUGUGGCGACAAGCAGAUCGUCGACUGCCUGCCGCCCUCGCUGAAGCAGGUUUUCCUCGAGGCCUGCAUGGAGCAGCACGGUCUGUACGCCCAGGUGGUGGACAUGCUGCCUGUGCGAGUGGCCUCCUACAUCCUGCUGCCCUGCACCCUCCCUGUGGAAUCGGCCUACUCUGUAAUCCAGAGGUUUCUGGAGUGGAUGCCACAGGUGCCCGAGGACGUGAACUGGCUGUGUGGUUUGGCCAGAACUGCGUACCAGCAACUGUGGAAGGGAAGCAAGGCCUCCCUGCAGAUGUGUGUGGACGUGCCCAGAUCCCUAAACCUCGCCCUGUUCACACCUGAAGUCUACUGCCAACUCUCCACCAGCAACCCCCACCGCUACCAUUUGGACCCUCUCAGCGUCUUGACCCAAGCACUCACCCCUUAAGGAGAAGCUCUCCGAUCUGCAUCCGAAGCCAGGAAUUGCACAAUAGCAUGCCCCAGACUGUAACCUUUGACCUCUGACAUCUGUUGCUUUUACUACCAAUAGAGCACAGAACUCUGAGUGCAGUUUCAUCUUGUUACUUCUUCUUAAGGGAUUGUCUUGUGAUAUGACUCCACUAACUGAUCCAUGUUGGACGUGUCUGUGCUGAGCCGGUAUCCUCUGUAGGGGAUGUUGCUUCUUUUUACUCCAUUAAGCAGGUUUGUCAUCAUUAAAA